GGGGCGGGCAGCGCCGGGCUGUGGGGCCGCAUGGGCGGCGUGUGGGGCCGCGCUGCCCGCCUCGGCUUCCCCGCAGCCUCCCGGGCGGCAGCUCCGAGCCGCGGCCGGCAGCGGGGGCUGUGCUGGGCGGCGGCGGCCCGGCCGGGCCCGCUGCUGCUGGUGGCGGCGGCGGCGGCGCUGCCCCGGGGCUGGGCGCCUCCCUUCCUGCGCGCCGGGGCGGGGCGCGGCUCCUGGUGCUGCCCCGCUGGAGCCCGAUCCGCUGCCGAGCUGUGCGGGGAGCGCCCCGCAGCCAUGCCCGCCGCCGGUCCUGCCGCCAGCCCCGGGGAGCCGCAGGCGCCUGCGGCUGCCGAGCCGCUCCGCAGAGGCCGUAGGAGGAAGGCGAAGGGGGAGAGCGCGGAGAAGAAGCCGAAGCGCCGGGAGAAGCUGAAGCGCCGCGGCCAGGCUGAGGGCGACCAGGCGCAGCCUGAGGAGAGCGGGCUGGGCGAUGGCGACCUGCAGCCGCCCCUGCACAAGAAGGCGAAGAAGCGGCUGAAAAGCAGCGAUGGGGCUGAGGAGAGCGGCACCGUGGCGCUGGGCAAACCUUCCUCGGCUCUGAGGGAUGGCGAGGCUGCCCAGAGCGUGGCCAACGACAAGGUGGAUGGAGAGCACGACGGCGACUCCGAGGAGCUGACAGAGGAAGCAAGAGAAGGUGCUUUCUCCAAUUUUCCGCUUUCCAAAAACACCAUCAACCUUCUCAAAGCUCGAGGUGUAACAUACCUGUUCCCUGUGCAAGCGAAGACUUUUCAGCCCAUAUAUGACGGCAAAGACCUAAUUGCUCAAGCUCGGACGGGAACCGGGAAAACCUUUUCUUUUGCUAUUCCGCUGAUAGAAAAACUUCAGAGCGUCACACAAGAUGAGAGAAGAGGACGUUCACCAAAAGUGUUGGUUCUUGUCCCAACAAGGGAACUGGCCAUUCAGGUAGCCAGAGACUUCAAGCAUCUCACAAAAAAACUGUCAGUGGCUUGUUUUUAUGGAGGAACUCCAUAUAAAGCACAGUUUGAUCUCCUUAAAAUUGGCAUUGAUAUUCUAGUGGGAACUCCUGGGCGGAUCAAUGACCACAUUCAGAAUAGCAAGCUGGACCUUUCCAACGUGAAGCAUGUUGUUUUAGAUGAAGUCGAUCACAUGUUAGACAUGGGCUUUGCCGAGCAAGUAGAAGAAAUCUUAGGAUUUGCUUAUAAAAAAGGUUCUGAGAACAACCCUCAGACGCUGCUGUUUUCUGCAACUUGUCCGCACUGGGUGUACGAUGUUGCAAAGAAAUACAUGAAAGGUGAAUAUGAACAGAUCGACCUGAUUGGCAAGAAGACCCAGAGGACUGCCACCACUGUGGAACACUUGGCUAUACAGUGUCGCUCAUCUCAGAGAGCAGAAGUUCUCGGGGAUAUCAUUCAAGUCUACAGUGGGAGCCGUGGGCGAACAAUCAUCUUCUGUGAGACCAAAAAGGAGGCAAACGAGUUGGCUUUGAAUUCUUCUCUCAAGCAGGAUGCCCAGUCAUUGCAUGGUGACAUUCCACAGAAACAGAGGGAAGUUACCUUAAAGGGAUUUAGAAACGGUGUGUUUGAAGUUCUGAUUGCAACCAAUGUAGCUGCCCGUGGUUUGGAUAUUCCUGAAGUUGACCUGGUUAUACAGUGCUCACCACCAAAAGAUGUUGAUUCCUACAUCCAUCGCUCUGGACGCACAGGUCGAGCUGGCCGGACUGGGAUCUGUAUUUGUUUCUAUCAGAGAAGAGAAGAAGACUUGCUGAAACAGGUUGAGCAGAAAGCGGGGAUUACGUUUAAGCGGAUAGGUGUUCCCUCUGCUACAGAUAUAAUCAAAGCGUCAAGUAAUGAUGCCAAAAAGUGUAUAGAGGCCAUUCCUCCUUUUGCAAUAGACUACUUCAGACAGUCGGCUCGAGAGCUUAUAGCGGAAAAAGGAGCGGUUGAUGCCCUGGCAGCAGCUCUGGCCCACAUUUGUGGAGCAUCCUCCAUACAGCAGCGCUCCUUUCUCAACUCAACUGCGGGCUAUGUGACCAUGGUGUUGAAGUGCUCGAUAGAAAUGCGUUCCAUGAGUUACGCCUGGAGAGGACUAAAAGAACAGCUUGGUGAAGAGAUAGAUGACAAAAUAUCUGCAAUGCGCUUCCUUAAGGGGAAGAUGGGGGUGUGCUUUGAUAUCCCUGUUAACGAACUGAAUCAAAUACAGGAGCGGUGGCAGGACACCCGGCGCUGGCAGCUGGCGGUGGCGAAGGAGCUGCCCGAGCUGGAGGAGCAGCCCCAGGAGGCGAGCCGGGGACCCUCCAGGUUUGGGGACGGCGGCUUCAGGCGCAACGGCAAGUUUAACGGCGGGAGCUGGGGACGGCGCUUCAACAAGUCCUCCGUUUAACCUCUACCACAGCUACGGGACUGAGCUGGUUUUUACCAAAAAAAAAUAAAAAAUUAAAAAAAAUAUAUAUAAUAAUAC